AUGGCUACGAUGCAACAACAACAACAACAGCAAUCCGCUCAGGAUCAGCUGGCACAAAUAGCUCAAGCAGCUCUCGUCAACACCCUUCUCGGUGGAACCUGUAAGAGCUGA